AAAGGCUCGAGAAAUGUUCAAUAAAACUAUUAUAUGGUUAGCAUUAAAACAAGUUGAAACAAUUCUUCUUGGUAAAUAUGGCAUAAAAACUCUUGAUCCAAGUGAUUAUAAUUAUGUUGGUGAUUAUGUAAAUGAUGAUGAUUCUCAUGAUUAUAAGCGAGCACAUGGUUUUAAUUACCAUAAUGGUCCUGAAUGGUUAUGGUUAACGGGUUAUUAUUUAAGAGCUAAACUUUAUUGGUCGAAACAACAAAAUGAUCCAUUAAUUUAUAAACAAACAAUAAAACAUAUUCGUAAAAUUUUAUCAUUACAUAUGGAUUUAUUAAAUUCAAAUGAUUGGAAUGGUUUACCUGAAUUGACAAACGAUGAUGGACGUUUAUGUUCAUAUUCAUGUUCAGUACAAGCUUGGUCUUCAGCAACACUUGUUGAAGCACUCUAUGAUCUUAUUCGAUCAUAA